GUUUUCAAGGAUAUAAGACAAGAAACAGGAGAAAUAUUCUCUAACGAUUGGGUACAAGCGCGAAUUGAAGCGUCGCUCGAGCAAUUCGCGCCAUUUAAAGCGACGCUUAUCUCGUUUUCACAAGGUACAUUUGUUGUAGGUCAAAUAAGGGGAUGCUGCUGCUGCAGUCGCUGUCUUGGAGCUCGACACAAUCGCUGGGUUUUAUGUUAAGUUUAGUCGUAAGUAGAGGCUUUGAGAUAAGAGAAAACGCCUGCAGAAUAUGUCAAUCUCGACCGAGUCAUUUUCACAUAUACUGAAAUUACAUUGUGCAACUUAUUUGAUAUACAAUCAACUGCGCGCGUAGACGCCAGAGCAUUUGAGCUCGUUUUGUGUUGUUAAAAGAGCAGCUCUGUAAACCAAACCGCCCGUGAGCCCUUCUUUCCCCAAAUACAUAUUUAUAUAUACAUUGUUUUAUCUGGAAGUGGGUGUACAACAGGAAAGCUAUGAAGCUUUUAGAGAAUUCCCGUUUUGAGGCUUUGAGCUCUCAGCUGUGUGUUGAAACUGGAGAUGCUCAGAUCAUUGGCAGGAUUGAGAGUUACUCAUGUAAGAUGGCUGGUGAUGACAAGCACAUGUUUAAGCAGUUCUGUCAGGAAGGAGAGCCUCACGUACUGGAGGCUCUGUCACCCCCUCAAUCCAGCAGUGCCCCGAGUCCAAACCUAUUGGGGAAGAGUGGGGAAGACGCAGAGAACCCACUGAGCGAUAAAUGUUGCAGGAAGACUUUGUUCUACCUUAUCACCACCCUGAACGAAUCGUUCCGGCCUGAUUACGAUUUCAGUGCGGCCCGUGCCCAUGAGUUCAGCCGAGAGCCAAGUGCUAACUGGGUGGCCAACUCUGUAAACAGCAGCCUUUAUUCUGCUGUGGGGGAGCAGUUUAACACUUUAGGCCCAGAACUGUGGACUGCCAUUGACCAAGAGAUAAACCUGCAGGGCUGUGACAUCUACAGCUACAACCCAGACCUGGACUCUGAUCCCUUUGGUGAGGAAGGAAGCCUGUGGUCCUUUAACUACUUCUUUUACAACAAGAAGCUUAAACGCAUUCUAUUCUUCACAUGCCGCUCAGUCAGUGUCCUCAGCAGUUACGGUCGCAGUGGCCUCGACAAUGAGUUGGACAUGGAACUGGAUGAUGAAGAGGAAUUGGAUGGCUUCAUGGAAGACAGGAUUCCCAGAGCUCUGUGUGUCUAAAGUUUCCUCGCGGGUCAUAUCCUGAGCUUCAGCCAAAGGGCCUCACUGUCAACUUUGCACCCACUUCUUUUUUUUUUUUCAAGAAAAGGACUUUCAAAACUUUACUUUUUAGGGUUUUUCUGAAAUGUGUGUGCUUUGUUUUUACUUUUCUUUGUGGAAUGAGGAGGAGGAAGAAUAUUAGAUUCCAGAGAGCUGCUUGGACAAGUUUUGACAUGGACUCAUUUAGGCAGUGGUGAAGCUGAGACUGUAAAAACCCCUGGACGCCAGCUCUCCCAGAAAAGAAAUGAAGCAACAUUCAAACACCAGCAUUAUAAAGGAGGGUGGGGACUAAAAAGACUGUUUGAGUACCAUUUCUGCCCCUCUGUUUUAUUGGAUUUUAUUUUUUUAUCAUUUUAAGUUUUUAAACUGUGAAAGGUUUGGAGCUUCUGUAUGUGAACUUUCUCAUUUAUCUUGAUAUGUAGUCUGACCCUUUAAACUUUUAUUUUUCCCCCUGUCUGUUUUUGUCAGAUAUUUUUAUCCAAAGUAACUAGCAGGUACUUUUUUCUUCUCUGAAUGUUUUGAAUUUAACUCAUGGCUUUGCAAAUGAGCAAUAGAUAUUUUAGAUAGUAUUUGCCUUGCAUUGUUGUUCAUGGUUAAACUGUCUAUAAAGCUUUUUGUAAGCGUGAUUUAUUUGAAUUCGUCUAUUUUUAGUAUAUACUGCACUGAUUCUUUAUUAUUGUCUGCAAGUUUUUAUUUUUGUUGACAUUUAUUUGGCUUUCUACAAUGGCUUUUUUAUAAUGUGGGCCUUUAAAGGAACUCUCCACAUUUUUGGGAGAUAUGCUGAUUUUACAGAUUCACUAGAGUUGAGUUUUAUCGUCUAUUUUUUUUUUUUUUUUUUUUUUAAAUCUGUACAGCUAAUUUCUGGGUCUGGCAGAGGCACUUCUAUCUUAGCUUAGCAUAAACCAUUGAAUCGGAUUAGAUUGUUAGCAACCCACUUAAAUGUCAAAAAAAAUAAGUUUCUAUUUAAGGUAAACUUUUUUUUUAUUUUUUUGUAGUUGCAUUGUGUAUUAAGAAAAUUACUAUUAAAGUUACAAUUUUCAAGGCAGAUAUGUUCCAAACUAUACUUUCAUUCUGCUAUAAUCAUGCAACUUUGCUGCCGUACCAUGGCUGCAGUAUUCGCAAUGGUCUCCAUCUAGGUAACUAUAUACUGGGUUCUACAUAUUUCCCCAAGAAAGUGGAGUGUUCCUUUACAGCUGUCCUUACUAUGGCAAGCAAAAACAAACAAGCAAGCCAAAUAUUGUAGAAGCUUUUAUGUCUGGUUUAUCUGAAUCUGCCCAUGUUUCAUAACAAUGUAAAAUUUCCAAACCGUGUUGACAUGGAAAGAGAAAUGUGAACAGAAUCUGUCUCUUGUAGCCAUUUAGGAUGCAAAGCAACACAUUUUUAAAAUAUUAUUUUAAGAUGACUGAACAUCUGUGAAAAUAAAAAUAUGGUUUUUUGUUUGAUACC